AUGCUGCCGAAGGAGGAUGAUAGUGAUGAUCCUGUCGAAGAAGGCAGUGAAAUUGAUGAUGAUGGUGAUGUUGUUGCUGUUGAUGAUGAUGAUGAUGAUGAUGAUGAUGACGACGGCGGCGGCGGCGAUGAUGAUGAUGAUGAUGGUGGUGGUGAUGAUGGCGAUGCUGCUCAUGAUGGUGAUGAUGACGACGACGUUGGCGAUGGAGAGGAGGAGGAGGAAGGGGCGGACGGAGAUGACAAUUUACAGGACGCGGGUGGCUGUGAGGGCGAUGAUUAG